CCACAUUCAGCUGACAGGAAGGCUGUAGCUCAAUAAACAAAAUGUGUGUUACAUCGGGGAAAAUGUAAAGCGAACAAGAAAAAUACCGGAGCUAAAAUAAACCGUUAAGAUUGAAGCGUCAUCGCUCGAGCAACCGUACAGGAAUCGGAAGUGUGCUGUUUGGCUUUUCCCCGUCUUGACAGUGGUGCUUGGAGCCGAGAGGGUCAGGGGGAGGAGAGGCAAGGGAGUGGAGCGAGAAGACGACAGGAGGAGAUCCACCACAGGGUGACCAGUUUAACCGGACCAUCCUCGGACAGCCAGGCUACAAAUGGUCCUCCACCCCGGCCGUCUCUCCGACCGACUGCUACACUGAGUCGGAUUGUCUGCUGCGGUCCUGUCGGGGGGGGGGAACAGAAAGAGAAGAUGAUCACGACCCAGCAGGAGUCGUGGAGAUAGGCCUAGCGGCAGAGACUGGUCUUCUCAUUAACCCUGGUCUCUGGUCACCAGCUCUGGCACAAAAAUCUGGAGCUUUGUGAAGCGACUGGUGCGCCUUUUGACCCUAUCCAGUCACUCCUGCCCCGCGGCCCUGCAGCCCCGCAGUGUGGCCUGUACAAAUCCCUCCUCACUUCUUCACAAUUUCGUCCACGGGGAUAAAUGAGUGAACCGGCUGCAAGGGAAAGGGCUGGGACAUGUACCAGAACCCCAACAGAAUGUCCUGGUUCAGUGGUUUCCUAGUCGCCAGAGUGGACGACCGCAAGACUGCGUGGGGAGAGCGCAAUGGCAAGAAGUCCAAACGGAAGGGAGGCUCAUCUCUCUGCAACCCGCGUUACAUGAGCUGUCUGCGGGACCCAGAUGCUAUGGAGCCCCCCUCCGGAGCCCCCCUCCAUCAGCACCACCGCGGAGGGGUGGCUGGGGCUGUGGGAGGCGGGGGCAACUUCGGCGUCCGUUGCGGAUGGCAGGAGGACCACUAUGGUAAAAGGGGAGGGGCUCCCGGGGAAGGGGUGGGGCUGAAAUCGGUCGACUUGGGCUUUGAGGACGGGGAGCUAAAAGGGAGGAAAGGGGGAUGUAAUGGAGGAAGCGGGGACAUGGGCGAUGAGGGUCCCAACGGCACAGCAGGGGUGGUGACGGCUGCGGACUGCUGGCUCAGGGUGGUGCGGGUGUUCCAGUCGAAAAAAUUCCAGUCCCGCAAACUGGAGCGCCUAUACCAGCGAUAUUUCUUUAGGCUGAACCAGAGCUCCCUGACCAUGCUCAUGGGGGUACUUGUGAUCGUGUGCGGCAUCAUGCUGACCUUCCACUGUGUCCACGCCGCCCCUCACGUGGCCUAUUCGUCAGCACUGUCAGUGGCGAUGGCACUCUUCAUGGCUCUUAUGGUAGUUUGCAACCGCAACGGCUUCCACCAGGACUACAUGUGGAUGGUCAGUUACCUGGUGAUCGGAGUCUUGGUGUCGGUACAGGUGUUCGGGGUGCUCAUGGUGGCACCCAGGAGUGCUUCAGAAGGCAUCUGGUGGUCUGUGUUCUUCAUCUACAUCAUCUACACUCUGCUGCCUGUGAGGAUGAGAGCGGCGGUGCUGAGUGGAGCAGUGCUGUCUAUCAUACACGUGGUCACCACCUGGCAGAUCAACCAGGAAGACAAGUUCCUCUGGAAACAGGUGAGUGCUAACGUCCUGAUCUUCCUCUGCACCAACAUCAUUGGAAUCUGUACCCACUACCCUGCUGAGGUUUCUCAGAGACAAGCUUUCCAGGAGACCAGAGGAUACAUCCAGGCCAGACUACACCUGCAGAGGGAGAAUCAGCAACAGGAACGUCUGUUGCUGUCAGUGUUGCCAAGGCAUGUUGCCAUGGAGAUGAAGGCUGACAUCAAUGCCAAGAAGGAAGACAUGAUGUUUCAUAAGAUCUAUAUCCAGAAACACGACAAUGUCAGUAUUCUGUUUGCAGACAUCGAGGGUUUUACCAGCCUGGCCUCUCAGUGUACAGCUCAGGAGCUGGUCAUGACACUCAAUGAACUCUUUGCCCGUUUCGACAAGCUGGCAUCGGAGAACCACUGUCUACGUAUUAAAAUUUUGGGUGAUUGUUAUUACUGUGUGUCUGGGCUGCCUGAACCCCGGGCUGACCACGCCCACUGCUGUGUGGAGAUGGGUGUGGACAUGAUAGAGGCCAUCUCGUUGGUGCGCGAGGUGACAGGGGUCAACGUUAACAUGCGUGUUGGCAUUCACAGCGGGCGUGUGCACUGCGGCGUGCUGGGACUCAGGAAGUGGCAGUUUGAUGUGUGGUCAAACGAUGUCACACUGGCGAAUCACAUGGAAGCGGGCGGCAAAGCAGGGCGGAUCCACAUCACUAAGGCCACACUGCAGUAUCUUAAUGGAGACUAUGAGGUGGAGCCAGGUUUUGGGGGUGAGAGGAAUGCAUAUCUGAAGGAGAACAGCAUCGAGACCUUCCUGGUCCUUGGCUGCAGCCAGAAACGGAAGGAGGAGAAGGCGAUGAUGGCGAAGAUGCAGCGGACGAGAGCCAACUCUAAUGAGGGGCUGAUGCCACGCUGGGUCCCUGACAGGACCUUCUCCAGGACCAAAGACUCUAAAGUCUUCAGACAAAUGGGGAUCGAUGAGACCUCCAGUAAAGACAACCGUGGUGUUCAGGAGGCCAUGAACCCGGAGGAUGAGGUGGAUGAAUUUCUCGGGCGAGCCAUUGACGCUCGCAGCAUUGACCAGCUAAGGAAAGACCAUGUCAAGAAGUUCCUACUCACCUUCCAGACCUCCAGCCUGGAGAAAAAGUAUUCCAAGAAGGUGGACGAUCGAUUUGGAGGCUAUGUUGCUUGUACUCUGCUAGUGUUCUGCUUCAUAUCCUUCAUACAGAUUGUUAUCUUUCCACACACCCCAGUCAUGCUGGGGAUCUACAUCAGUAUCUUCUUCAUACUCGCCAACAUCCUUUUCAUCUGUGCCAUAUACUCCUGCAUCAAGCUCUUUCCAGCUGCAAUGCAGACUGUUUCAAAGAAGAUUGUCCAGUCUCGCACCAACAGCACGCUGGUUGGAGUAUUCACCAUUAUCCUUGUCUUCAUCUCUGCCUUUGUUAAUAUGUUUGCUUGUGACACUACAAGCUUGGCGACAUGCGUUGCAGAGAAGAUGAACACCUCUGCAGGCCUGGUGACGCCCUGUCUGAUCCGCAGCUUGAAUGUGUCCAUUGAGGGGGGUCUAGAGAUCUGUCCGAGCCAAGGCCCCUCCUGCCCCUUUCCAGAGUAUUUCAGCUACAGUGUGCUGCUGACGCUGCUGGCCUGCUCAGUGUUCCUGCAGAUCAGCAGCAUAGGGAAGCUGGCCCUCAUGCUGCUCAUCCAGCUCACCUUCCUGCUGCUGGUGGAGUGGCCACAAGUAGCACUAUUCGACAACGCAGACCUCUUUGUCACCUCCAAUGCCAUUGAUUUAAAUGAAACUAGUGCUCAAUGGUCCAGUUUCAAUGAAACUACAAACCAGUGCCCAUUUGUUGUGACCAAAGUGUCCCUGAGGGUCAUGACUCCAGUCAUCCUCACAGUUUUUGUCCUGGCACUGUACCUGCACGCCCAGCAAGUUGAAUCUACUGCACGCCUCGACUUCCUGUGGAAAUUACAGGCCACAGAAGAGAAGGAGGAGAUGGAGGAGCUGCAAGCCUACAAUCGUCGCCUCCUCCAUAAUAUCCUGCCGAAAGACGUAGCCGCUCACUUCUUGGCGCGAGAGCGACGUAACGACGAGCUGUACUACCAGUCUUGUGAGUGCGUGGCCGUCAUGUUCGCCUCCAUCAGCAAUUUCUCAGAGUUCUACGUGGAGUUGGAGGCCAACAACGAGGGAGUGGAGUGUCUUCGGCUGCUCAACGAGAUCAUCGCUGACUUUGACGAGAUCAUCAGUGAAGAGAAAUACAGGCAGCUAGAAAAGAUCAAGACCAUUGGUUCCACUUACAUGGCGGCCUCCGGUCUCAAUGACUCCACCUACGACAAGGAGGGCCGUACCCAUAUUACUGCACUGGCCGACUAUGCCAUGAGACUGAGGGAGCAGAUGAAAUACAUCAACGAGCACUCUUUCAACAACUUCCAGAUGAAGAUAGGUCUGAACAUUGGACCUGUGGUAGCAGGGGUUAUUGGGGCACGGAAGCCUCAAUAUGAUAUUUGGGGAAACACAGUCAACGUGGCCAGUCGUAUGGACAGCACAGGUGUACCUGACCGCAUACAGGUGACCACAGACCUCUACCAAGUUCUUGCAAGCAAAGGGUACGUGCUGGAGUGUCGCGGGGUUGUUAAGGUCAAAGGUAAAGGGGAAAUGACAACCUACUUCUUGAACGAUGGACCACCCAACAGUUAGCAGCCAUGGCGGCUGCAGAUGCUGGGAUGAACCCCUCGGCAAGGACACAGCACCACUGAGCGACGACUCACAGUGUGAGCGAAUGGCUAAAAACUAGAGACGCCAUCACUUGAAUCCCAAGCAAAGAGGAAAAAAAACUUAAGACUUCAAAAGGAAAGCGUUCUUGGAUGAGAGGAAAAUGUUCUCGUUUGACAGCCAUUUUGGCCCACAUACAUGUUGAAGGACAAGUGUUUUUCUCAUGUCUAGCCUCUCUCUCAGGCUUCUUGAAAGAUGCAAAGUCUGUUUAUUUAAAACAACGCCUUUUAGCCUGUGUCAAAAGAAGAUUAACGCUGUACAUAAGGCUACUUUUUAUUUUACUUUGUGUUUUGUUUUGUUUUUUUUCUGUAAUUUUUUUUCACAUGAAUUAUGAACAGGUACUCAUAUUUUGUUUCUGGAUUAAUUAUUUAUUUCAAACUAGAUGUUUUGUGCAAAAGGUCCUUUAUGAUAAAGUGUGAAUACAUACGUGCACAAAUAUCCAGUUUAUUACACGUUUAUAAGUGUGUAUGUACAUGCAUAUUUGUGUGUGUAUGAAUAUAUGUAUAAACUGAGGAGGAAUAUAUUGACCAAAGACUAAAGUAUUUACUAAAAGCAAGGCAAGACAUGUUUGAUAUGUUCUCGCUAAAGUCAGCAAUGACCACCGCCUCUGUUUUUUAGGCAGCAGGCCUGAACCCUUUGUCUUUUUGCCCGACUGCUGGCAGCAAAGGCUGCUUCAUUAUUUUCAUAAAAUACGUAGAAUUAAUUUAUUUUGUCUGUCAUUCAGGCAGCAAAGAGCUGAUCACAUUAACUCUAAAUUAUGAUAUUGCCCUCAACCUCUAGACAAAACUACUAAAGACGACUAAGGAUGUUAUUGGAAGGUGAUAGAUGAAAUCUAUAUUUUUAUCUCUACUCUCUGAGGAGUAAAAGUAGCUCCAGCUAGGAUUAGGAUCCUCUUCAUCAUUUCAUGUCAGAAUGGUUCCUUAGAGCUUGAGCAGCCAGUGUGCAGCUGGUUUCAGCCGUAACAGUAUGUUGUCAUCCCUUUCAGAAGUAUUUUUUGGUGCAAAUGGAAAUGAAGGAACUUAGAUCAGAGAGUUGUCCCAGAGCCAUCAAGGGGUGGGGGGAUCCUUGGAUUUCAACGCAGUGGUACCACACAGCCUGAUUCUUCUAUGAAGAAGAAAUAGAUGAAGGAGGUAAAUAUAUAUUGAUUUUGACUGAAUACUGUGCUUUGUAAUCCUGAAGGGGCAUAACUAUUUUCACUGUGAGGUUUUUAUGAUACAACAAAACUGCUUUCUUGCCAAACAUAACCGCUUUGAAGCAUGUCUGAUUGUGGUAUCUUGUUUUCAUUUUUGUUUGUUUUAAUGUAGGGUAUUUUGUAUCACUUCUGUAUCCAUCAUUUGUAUAUUCUUAAUGUUGUUAUUAUAAUUAUGAUGAUUCUGAUUAAUUAUUAUGCUUAUUAUGAUGAUUUCAUUCCAAUGAAUAAGGAUCAAAGACCAGCACGCUUUCUUGUAAAAUGCCAGUUGUAAAGCUCAAGCUCACUGGUACCAACUGAUCAACUGCAGCCAAUGAAUUCUGCUGUUCAGUCCUAAUGUACAAUACAGUAUUUCAACUGGCGAUAGGUAUGAUCAUGUAUAGUAAGUAAUAACCAUUAGCUGCCUUUGCAGCAGAACCCGUGUGGUGUAUGCUCACACAAGCAUAGCAGUAAACACACACAUAUACAGAUGAUUCACUGUGCUUUUUUUUAUUUAUGCCACUACUGCAGUAUUGUAAAUCUCAGUCAGGCUUUAAGGUGACCUCUCCCUUCCCUUCCACACAUUAAACUUCUAAGUAGUAACAAAUGACAUCUCUGGUAUAACACCAUAUGAAGAGGACCGGCAGAAUUGAUGGGCCUGCACACAUUUCUUUUAUUAUUUUCCCCCACUCAGUCUUUCAGCGAAAAGUGAAACUACUAAUAGCUGAAUUCGAUUGCCUUAAGUUAAUAUAAAAUAAAUCCUAGACUAACACUGAACAGGAACUGUGCCUGCUUGCCCUGUCUGGACUGCUGAUGUUUGGACGGAGAGAAAGGGAUAAGGGCUUGUCGAGAAUAAUUUUCAGUGAACAUUCUCAUCAUUGCAAUGAUGUUGGUUUCUCCAGCUUCAACUUUUGUAAGUGGGAGAAUCAGCCCUGACUUAGCUCUUCCGCCACACUCAACAAUGGCAACCAACAGUUGAUCAUGUUUGUACCAAAGCCAGCUCACGCAGCCUUGUGCUAUUGGUCCCUCCUGUGCAAUGAUAUUUGGCCUCAGGCAUGGUGGGUGCACCAGAGGACAGUAAUGUUAGGGAGAUCACCAACUAUCACGUGAACUGUGACCAAUGAAGAGUGAUUCAUAUAAGCAAAGAGUUUAUAGAAUGGACAUGAGUUUAUAAAAAUGUGCAUUGUAUGUAUUCUAUUUCUAUUGGCUGUCCAUAGACUUGUGUUGAUUGUUAACUCUUGGGAUGUUUUUGGGGGAACAGGAGAGGGGAGGAAGGUUGUCCCCAUACUACUGAAACAGUGUUUUGCUCAGGCCUGAUGAAUCCUUCCGUAUUUGUUUUUGUUUUAUUUGUAUUUUCCCUGAGUUGGAGGAGUUGAGAGGGGAGUGUUUUGCAAAGUUGAAGGACAAGAAGAGUUGAGGACUAUGACAAAGAGAAAAAUAACAUUUCCCCUUGAAGAGAAAAAUAAAAAAAAAUCAAUGGC